AUGGAAGCUUCCAGUGGAAAAGAGUCAUACCACUCACACAACUCGAACAAAGAGUCUCCUCACUUAAACCUGCAAGGGAACGCCAUAAACAAGAAGAUGCAAAGGAUGAUUCACUUUUUGAAGAACGCUAAACCAGAAUUGGUUCCAGACUUGGAGCUUUUUGUAAUGUCUGGUGAUCUGAAAAGCCCGAACGAACUCAUUUACUAUAAGCCCUCGAGCGAAGAGCUUGGGGUGGUACAAUUACCUCUCGAUGAGGGUCCAUUUGUUGAAAUCACCAAAGCACGUCGUUAUUGUAGAGCAGCCUUGAGGACCAAAGAUUUUCAGAUUUUGUGUACGGACAAGGAACCCUUACAGGCGUUUACGCUACUAGGGCAGGAGAUUGACCUCAAACUCGAACUGUUCAAGGAUGUGCUAGAAACUGCAAAGCAGGAGUCACCAUAUGGCUAUGAAAUAGACUACAGCAGCUUGUUUGAAGACAUCGCUUUUUCGGAGAACUACAUUUAUUUAGGCACAGGCUACUUUGGACCGCUAUUUAGGGCACCGUUAAGUGAAUUUGUUUCAGGGAAGGCGACGUAUGAGAAAAUUGCCGAGUGUAACUACUUUGAAGAUCUAUCUGUGGAAGGAGAUCUUGUUUCUUUUGCCGGGGAGCGAGACGUUUUUGUUAUAAAGGAUUCAGAGCUUUCCAUUUGGCAGCAAGAACAUACCGUGUACCGUUUGUUUCGUGUCGUUGAAGGAAAUACUGCAAUAUUUGCAGCUGUCACUGAAAACACAAUCGAAAUCAGGAGUCUUGAUAUUGGAAGUCUACGGUGGGGAGAAACUCUCAAAAUUCCAUGCACAGGGUUCCUCCAGUGGUUCAGCUUUCUUCACGGAGGGCUUUUGGUCGUGGAGGAAGGGAUCGGGAAGUUCGUUGUUGUAGAUAUCCAUGACGGCAACGUGCAAAAGUGUCACUCCACUGGGUUCGAAGGUGUUCAAAAAAGAGAACACUUCAACCAGGUCCUUUUUGAUGAAGUGCACGGAUUAGUGUACUUACUGCUGAGAGAGGGGACAUACUCCACCAGGCUUUAA